AAGAAAAAGAUACACUUCACUUACGUGCGUUUGUGUGACAACAACAAGACAAGCGUGGAUUCUGGAACUCAUACGAUAGGAACGGUUGAUGAUAGAGGCAUAGAGCCAAUCUCAAGUCUCAACAUAAAAAAGCAUUCUUCUUUCCCUGAAAUUUUAGACACAACAACCUUGGAAAAAUCUAUAAUCAGAGAUGGCCGGAAAUGGAAAAGUUUUAAACUUGUCGGAGCUUUCCCAGCACAGUAGCCGGCAUGAUUGUUGGCUCCUAAUCGAAGGAAAGGUCUAUGAUGUGACAGAGUUCUUGAAGGACCAUCCUGGUGGAGAUGAUGUACUCUUGUCUGCUACAGGGAAAGAUGCGACGCAUGAGUUUGAAGAAGUGGGUCACAGUUCAUCUGCAAAAGUCAUGUUAAGUGAGUUUUAUGUGGGUGACAUAGACUCUACCAAGGCCAGUGAUGAUAUUGCUACUACUGCUACCCCGAAUCAGACCGAGCAAAAUCAAGAUAACAGGAGCUUUGAUUUGUGGUUGAUUAAGCUCUUUCAGUUUCUUGUUCCUCUUCUCAUCUUUGUUUUGGCUCUUGGUGUUCGAUUCUACAUCAAAACUCCAUCAUUUCCAUGAAAAUCGAUUUGUGGUUUGGGGGAAAUCAAGAUAUCUGUGGACUAUGGUUAACAUUAUUUGCUUUUUAUCUCUCUCUGUAUUAUUGUUCUGUAUAAGAAGACAUCAUUUAAAAUCAUAAAAUUAAUUAUGGAAGUUUUUAAUCA